GGCACCGAGAGCCCGAGCGGCGGCAGCGGCACCGGCACCGGCAGCGCCCGCGGCCGCCAUGGCCGAGUACCGCAGUCUGCUGGAGGAGCUGGCCCAGAACAUCACGGCCGAGGACCUGGAGCAGCUCAAGUCCGCGUGUCGCGAGGACAUCCCCAGCGGGGAGGGGGACGCCAUCGCCACCGGCCACCACUGGUUCGCCUUCCUGGAGCGCCACAGCAAACUGGACCGAGACAACCUGUCCUACAUCGAGCACAUCUUCGAGAUCUCCCGCCGGCCGGACCUGCUGACCAAGGUUGUCCAGUACCGCACGCAGGUGCUCAAGAUCUCCGAGGAGGACGAGGUGGACACGAAGCUCACGCGCAUCCCCAGCGCCAAGAAGUACAAGGACAUCAUCCGGCAGCCCUCGGAGGAGGAGAUCAUCAAACUGGCCCCCCCCCCGAAAAAGGCCUGAGCUGCAGGAGGAGCCCCCCAAAACCCCCCCCAGAGCCCCCUCCCCAAUUUUCACCCCCGGGGGGGGGGCUCAGGGGAGGGGGAGGGGCACCAAGAACGUCUUAAACCCCCCCCCAGAUGGGGGAGGGGGGAAUUGGGGAAGGGAAAUUCCCAUGGGACCCCCCCCCCAAAAAAAAACCCUCUACG